AUGAACAAAGACCUGAAGAAGCCCGACAGUGAGCAGCAAGAGCAAGAAGACGCUCAGCAAGUAGAUCUGAUUGUGAAUCCUGAUGGCGACGCGAGGUGUGUAGCUGAAUGGAGCAAAGCAGAACACGAUGCAGUCGAGGCACUAUUGGUUGCUCAUAUGAGCGGCGAAAAGGCACCCGUUGAGAGUCUUGAACUCCACGAGGAGGUGCUCCAUGACUGCACGGAGGUAUCACAAGAUGAACCGAUGACAACCGAAUGGGCGGACUACUCGAACAUAGCGCCGCUGGGGGCUGCCUCUCGGGCAUUUCUGGAGAGUGUUUUCUCAAAAUCUAUCUCAGCGGUCCUAAAGGAAAGGAGAAAUCAAGAGGAACCGAUCGAGCGCCAGAGCUCCACGACCCCAGAACCUCCCGCUGAGGAAGAACAGGAAACGCCGCAGCCUGUUGCGCAAGAAACUACAGAGCCAACAACUCCACAACCGACGCCUCCACGUGCUCGCCGACACUUCGCAGAUUAUCAGAUCGAGCGCCAGAGCUCCACAACCCCAGAACCUCCCGCUGAGGAAGAACAGGAAACGCCGCAGCCUGUUCCGCAAGAAACUACAGAGCCAACAACUCCACAACCGACGCCUCCACGUGCUCGCCGGCACUUCGCAGAUUAUCAAAGCAAAAGCGAUCUGCCCCUUCGAAUAUCCGGAGUUUCCGAGGAUGAGCUCAGGCAAUUCAAUUCCAUUGGGCUACCAGUGCAGAUGGAGGGUAUGAAGAAAUUAGUUCGUCUCAAGGGAGCUCCUCCAGCGCUAGAAAAACAAGUGGAUGAACCAGAAAUAACGAAAAGCGAGGCAGUGCAAGAAAGUGAAUCUGAACCGGAACCGCAGAAAGGGGUGUGUCAACUGGAUGAUGCUCAAGUUGUGCUGCUGCAAGAUCUGGCAUCCGUUGAGGGGAAUGACCUGAGCCUGGAGGACCUCAAGAAUGCACUAUCAUCAGACAAGAGUGAACAAACACCGGUCCCUACGCCUCCUGGAGAGCCAGACCCGGAACCUGAGCCCACACCCCCUCCAGAGCAGGAAACUGCGGCAGAGCCAGAGCCGAGCCCGGAGCCUGAGCCGGAGGUGGAGAUAGAGCCGCAACCGGAGCCGCAUGAAGAGUUAGAGCCGGAGCCCGAGCCGGAGCCAGAGCCAGAGCCAGAGCCGGAGCCAGAGGCAGAGCCCGAGCCAGAAGAACCCGCUCAAGAUGGAGGCCAAGAGGGAGAGAAUACAGAGGAACCUGCUCCAGACCCAGAAACCGAAGAGGCAACACCAAAGGAAGAGGCCGCUGACGAUGAAUCAGCUGCUCAAGGAGAAGACGCGAAGCAACCUUCACCAAAGCCAGCGCGGCGGCGGCCAGAGAACUUCAAGACACGGGUAUUCUACAGUCUGUGCGAAGAAUCACUGAAACGGACAAACGCAAAGACAUUCCGACGAUCAAUCAUGAUAAAGGGAGUAGGCUCCGUUGUUGCUAGGCGUCGCUCCGACUUCAAUGCAGCUCUCCUGCACCUUAGGGAGGGUGCUGGUGAUGAAAAGGAACCUAUAACGGAAGAUGCCUCUGUACCCAUUGAACUGAAUCAGGAGACGGAUCCACUCUUGAGCGACGGACAAGAGGAUGAAGAACCCUGGCACAAAGCAUACCUUCAAGCUGAGGAGCCACCGCAGGAACACACUAUUAUGGUAACGGAAGAAGACGAAGUGGCCUUUGCUCAGGAGCCUCGGCAGGCGAUCCUGAUCGUAGGACCCAGUGGCCCCGAGAAAAGCCGCGUGGCUUACAGACUGGCAACAAACCUAGGUCUGGAAUGGUUGCAAGCCGAGUAUCUGCUAACGGCUCUUUGCAAGAUAAGCUCUUCCCUUCUGACCCCUCUGGGCAGGCGGCUGACACGAAUGAUGCGCCGAGGGUCCCGCGUUCCAAUACUGGAGGCAUUGCUGCUCACACUGGAGUUUAUGGCCAGCAAGCGCUCGCGCACAGCUGGGUAUGUGCUUGAGUUGCCUAAUGGGGAUAAACAGGAAGUCAACGCCUUUCUGAGACAUCUUCGGGAUUUGAGUGGGCGUCGACGGCUCAACUGGCCGGAGCUGCUCCUCCGACACUCUCGCAUUUGCGAGCAGCGGCGGCGUCGCCGUCGAGAGCAGAGGCGGCGGGCCAUCCUGGAAAAGAAAAAAGCCAGCCAGAAGGAUAAAACAGCGCAGCCCACAGAAGGUGAUUUGUCACUUGAAGAAGCGGGAAGCCUUGAAAACCAGAGCUGCAAUGAACUUAAGAAACUUGUUGAUGAAGAAGUGGGAGGGGUUAUUUCAGUAACUGGGGGGCCCUCGGUUUCAGAACCCGAGCAGAUCGCUGCGCUGGCUGGGUUGGCCGCCUCGAAAAGAGAAAAGCCAACCACAUCAGAACCUAAGGAAAACGACCCUGCUGAUGUCUUUGGCUUGAACCUUGGAGACGAGAACACAGACAGAAGUUCUGCGAGAGAAACCGGUGCAGGAGCAGGAAACAUGGAGGAGGAGGCGAAUGCAAGUAAAGAUGACAGUAAAAUACUUGCUGAAAAAGCCGAGUCAGGCUCAGUAGAGCCACCACAGAUUCCCGAUGCUGGGAACCUGGAAGAAAUGGCAAAAACUGAAGAAACGAAGGAGGAGGCACCCAGCAAGCAGCAAGAUGACGGUGAAGGCCGCGAAACAUCAGGCUACAACUGGUGGUUGAUCAACGAAAUACUAGACCCAACUGGCGACUUGGUGGAUACAACAAACGGAGCGGUGAUUGACGAAUUCCGCACAGAUUCCGGUGAAAACGCAGACAUCGGCGACGGCACAGACGGGAUUGAAGGGGGGGAAGAUGGAAUAGAGCUUUCGUUCAAUGCCGAUGCCGAUCUACUGGAGGUGAUGCUGGCACCUGAAUGUUUCAGCACUUUGAACUCUGGCCCCACCCCUUGCAGCACCCACGGGAUUGAAGGGGGGGAAGAUGGAAUAGAGCUUUCGUUCAAUGCCGAUGCCGACCUACUGGAGGAGCUCAAGAAGGCGCUGCCUCCAAAUUUCAGUGGACCGGCUUCAUUCGAGGAGGAAUUGGCUCGUCUUGGCGAACAUGGCUCUGAGGGGUUGUUAUCUCAGCGGCUUCUUCUGCAGCACUUGCUGCAGACUCUGGGCCCCAACAGGGUGGUGUUCUACGCAACAGGAGAGGUAAUGCUUUCCCUCUUCUUGGGUGCUGCUGCUGCAGAUCAGGAACGAGAAGACGGCUCCACCUUGGAGGCCCAAGUUAUGAUGGCUGGGCCCCGACUCGCAGCUGCUUUAGAGUUUCUCGCUGUGAGGCCUGUCGGCGAAGUUGCAGCUCCUGUGCAGGGGGCCUCAGAAGUUCAGGAUUUGAGCGAACUGCUAAUUAGAGAUGACAGUGUUCAAGAACAGGCUGAAGAUGGCGCCGAGAAAACAGAAGAGUCACCAGACGCACAGGAAGGUGAUGGUGCGCCAGGAAGCUCUGAGGAAACCGAAGACCAGCGCAGCGACAACGCGGAGCAGAGUGAAUCAGGCACUGAUGCAGCUUCUGGCAAGGCCGAAGAGUCCCCAAGGAUUACUCUUCCUCCUAAGAAAUACCCUAUGGCUGAUGAUAUAUGGGGAGAGUCGGAGCUGGAAUUUUUAGAGUCAGAAGGCAGGACAGUGCCGGCAGCAGAGGACACCACUGCUUCCUCUGCAACUGGACCUUCAGACACCGAUAACCUUGGGGACGAUGCUGCUACGAAGGAACGACAAGAGGGGGCCAGCAGUGAAAGCACUUUGGCGAAACAGGCCCGACUCCUCAGUAGACACUACGGACUGAUAACUGUGGAUGUAGAGAAAGAGAUCGCCGAGGGUGCAAAAUUUCUCAAAGACCCAAAGAAAUAUGUUGAUGCACACCCAGCCCUACCUCGCAACACCAAUGUAUACCUCUUUGGCCCGUCCUAUGCGGGUGUAGCGAAGCAGGCCCGACUCCUCAGUAGACACUACGGACUGAUAACUGUGGAUGUAGAGAAAGAGAUCGCCGAGGGCCACCACCGAAACGAAGAAAAAAAACGGCGAAUGCUGGAGGAAGAGGAACGCCGCAAAGAAGAACGGCUGCUGCAGGAGAGACUGCAGAAAGAGCGACAAAGGGAAGAAGAGGAACAAAGGCUCAUGCGUGCAGAGGACGAUGCAGAGAGACUAGCUCUUAUCUUUCCAGAGAUUGCGGGUGAGGGGUUCAAGCCUGAAACCCCCACACAUGGCGGCGGCUCAGAAAAAACAAGCGCCCAAGGGUCUCCGCGGACGCACCAGACCUCUCCCUCUGCGGGGGGCGGAGGAUCAAGUGCGGAUAGGCACAACACCACAAAUGCAACGGAACAGAAAGAAGAAACAGAUAAAGAUCCUGCAGAUGAAACUGAAGAGGACUUGUUUAUGACCACGGAUGCAGAGGAGAAGAUGCUGAACGACGGACACCAGACCUCUCCCUCUGCGGGGGGCGGAGGAUCAAGCGCGGAUAGACACAACACCACAAAUGCAACGGAACAGAAGGAAGAGACAGAUAAAGACCCUGCAGAUGAAACUGAAGAGGACUUGUUUAUGACCACGGAUGCAGAGGAGAAGAUGCUGAACGACGGCCAAGCCCUCGGUAAACAAUCAUACGUGUAUUCUAAUUGUACAACGAAGCAGCAGCAAGUUGUGGGCUUCCUUCGAUGCAUGCGCAAGAAAACUAUUUUCAGGGGCUUUCUCUUCGUGCUGAACUGGCAGGCAAUGAGACUGUAA